GGAGACUUCCUCCACGUGAUAUUAUUUCUGCUCGUUGCAGGGUUCUGGGGUCAGGUGCAGCCUGGGAGUCCGGAAUUGGUAUAAAUUGGUGCAUAUAGCGCCAACAUACUCCGCAGCGCUGCUCUGAUUUACAAACCAACAGCAGCCUCUCCCUCUCGUGUUCUUCGCUGGAUGCAGUUGAGUCGGACCCUCCGGCGUCUCCCGUUUCCUCUGGCCAGGUGGUCCUCUCGCCGCGGCGUGAUGGAUCUCCGCACGGUGGUCUCUCGUCUCGACGCCUUCGCCCCCCCAGCCUUGGCGGAGAGCUGGGAUAACGUGGGCCUUCUGGUGGAGCCCAGUCCUCCUCACCUGGUCCACAGGCUCCUGCUGACCAACGACCUGACGGAAGACGUGCUGGAGGAGGCGGUGGGGAUGGCCGCGGACUUGGUCCUCUCCUAUCACCCUCCCAUAUUCAAAGCCCUGAAGAGGGUCACCAGUGGAAGCUGGAAGGAGAGGCUGGUGGUGAAGGCUCUGGAGGGACGUCUGGCCGUCUACUCUCCGCACACGGCCUACGACGCUCUCCCCGAUGGGGUGAACGACUGGCUCGGGAGGGCAGUUGGGCCGUGCACGUCUGUUCCUCUGCGUCUCUCCUCAUGGCUGUCCCACCCCGGUGGCUUCGCCCACGUCCUGGAGUUUAGCCACGACCCGUCGGAGAGCCCGGUGUCCAGACUGAAGUCCCUGCCGGGCGUCCGCCUCCACCCCUCGGCAGUCAGGGAGGACGGCGAUGGAGCGGCCCGGGUCAGGGUAAGUUGUUCUCGGGAUGCCCUGCCGCAGGUUCUGGCUGUCCUGACCGAGUGGCCGCGUGCGUAUAGUAGUGUGGAGCUCCUCAACCUACAGAAGCCCCCAUUGCUGGAUACCGGGAUGGGGCGUCUCUGCACUCUAACGGAGUCGGUGUCCAUAGCAACUGCCCUGGAACGCAUCAAAGCCCACCUGGACUUACGGCACCUGCGCCUGGCCCUAGGACGGGGCAAAACGCUGGAGUCCUCUGUAAGUACGGUGGCUGUCUGCGCAGGCUCGGGGAGCAGCAUCCUGAGUGGAGUUCCCGCUGACCUUUAUCUGACAGGUGAGAUGUCUCAUCACGAUGUGCUGGACGUGGUGGCCGAGGGGCGCAGCGUGGUCCUGUGUGAGCACAGCAACUCGGAGCGAGGGUUCCUGAAGGAGCUUCGGGGGAAGAUCCAGGAGAUGCUGGAGGGGAAGGUGGAGGUCGUGGUCUCUCAAGCGGACCGAGACCCCCUGCAAGUGGUUUAAAGAGACGGAAUAAAGACUCCCCGCCCGUGUCUUCGGAUUUUCUGCCGUAUCUGUGUUCUAAAUAAAUAUAUCCAUGCGUUUCAACAUA